AAUAAACAUAGAAACGAUAGUAAUAAAUUUUUGUCAUGAUUCUUUUUUUUUUAAAUGUUUUAAUUAUCUACGAAGACUUUGUUAUUAUAAUCGAAGGACAUAUUUAACAAUUAUUUUUUCCUUUUGUCGAGAAUAAAUCAAAAUUUUUUAUCAUGGGAUUUUACAGAAUAAAUGUUAAACACACAAGAGAUUGAUAUAUUCCAAGCAUCAUCAUCUAAAUAUCAACCACAAGAUGAUUUAUGUUUUCAUGAAAAAUCUUUAAAACAAUAUGAUUCAAAUGAUGUCUUUAAUGAAACAGAUAGUACUAUAUAAAAUAGUACUGUUGGACUUAACAUAUCCUCAGCUAAAUCUUGUAUUUUACAGGUAUAUAUUUGAAGUUUUCGAGUCAUGAUUUUCUUCUCUAAUGUCUUUUAUUUUUAUAUAUAGGCAUCGAUAACUAAUAAAUCAUCAUAUGAAUUUCAAUAUUUAGCUUGGAAAGCUCUAAAAAAAAACAAUUAAUUAUCAAAUUAACAAAAUCAAUGAAUAGAAUUUAUCAUUGAUUAUUAAUGAACUAUUUAAAAAUAAUAUUGUACGUGCUCGUGGUUUAUUUUCUGAUGGUAUUAUUCAAGCACAAAGAGUAUCACCAUAUAAUACACCUAUUUAUGUUGUAUUAAUAUCUGUUAUCAAUAGUGUACUUCCUGAUAUUGCUCAAUUAAUUGAUUAA